UCGGCCCCACAGCUGCGGCUCGUUGCGCUCCGCUCGGCCCCACUCCGCCCGGCCCGGUCCUUAACAGCGGCGCCGUCCCAGGACGCCGUAUGUGAGCCGGGAGGGCAGCGCCGUACCGCCCCGCACCGCCCCGCACCACCCCCGCGCACCAGCACUACACCGGCAUCCCGGCUCGGCCCCGCGGAGCUUCGGAGCAGCCGGCACCACCCCCCGCCCCAGCACCCCACCAUGAGCAACCUCAACAAGGACACCGAGCACACCAACAGCGGCGGCACUGUCGAGGAGGAGGUACGGACGCUGUUUGUCAGUGGCCUUCCUGUGGAUAUCAAACCUAGAGAGCUCUACCUUCUCUUCCGGCCAUUCAAGGGUUAUGAGGGGUCACUGAUCAAGCUGACUUCAAAGCAGCCAGUGGGUUUUGUGACCUUUGACAGCCGGGCUGGCGCUGAAGCAGCGAAGAACGCCUUGAAUGGCAUCCGCUUCGACCCUGAGAACCCCCAGACCUUGCGGUUAGAAUUUGCUAAAGCCAACACAAAGAUGGCCAAGAGCAAGCUGAUGGCCACACCGAACCCCACCAAUAUCCACCCUGCCUUGGGUGCACAUUUCAUUGCACGGGACCCCUAUGACCUGACUGGAGCGGCUCUCAUCCCAGCGUCCCCGGAAGCGUGGGCUCCCUACCCACUGUACACCACAGAGCUGACCCCUGCCAUUCCCCACGCUGCCUUCACGUACCCAGCAGCGGCUGCUGCGGCCGCGGCUCUUCACGCUCAGAUGCGCUGGUAUCCUCCCUCUGAAGCUACCCAGCAAGGAUGGAAGUCUCGUCAGUUUUGUUAGUUCAUUAUGUCUCUCCUCGACUCAUGUUCCUCCUCCCUGCCCCUCCGCAGAGGGAUGUGCCAGGGACGAUGGCUCCGACUCCUCUGGAUUUGGUAUGUGGCCAGAGGACAACGUGCCCAGCCCCGCCGCACUGCCCCCGCGGCUGCCAGCACCCCUUUCCCUGGACUGUGAAGCCAUCGUGGCCCCAGCCAUGGGCUGUGUGCUGCCUCCAUCCCUCUCUCUAUCCCUCCCUCAAGCCAUCCCCAGGACCUCCUCCCUGCCUGAGCUUUGCCAUCUGGCUGCACUGAAACCCAGCUGGGGGCUAGGUCCUGGGCUUCCCCAGGCUCACCCUGCCUCGGGGGUGGCUCGGCUGAAGGAAUCGAAAGGCAAAAUGGGUUUUGCAUGUUUUCUGGCAUGAAUUAAAACACUUAACUUGU